UAUUAUUUUUUUUUGUUUUACGAUUUUUAUACAAGUAUAUAAUGGAGUGCACUUUUGGAUUUCGGUUAGUCUAAAGAGCGUGUAGUUAUCGAUUAUUAUAAAUAAUUCGGGCGUUUCUUUUGAUAAGAGUUUAUAACAUGGGUCUUUUACUCCUCCUUCGUUUACUUUUGACAAUUAUAACUCCGAACCUGGUGAGCACGGCCCUUCGAGAUUUACUGCAAGGUAACAGCGAUUUCACUCAGAAAUUACAGAGCGUUUUGGCCGCAGACGCGAAGCCUCAGGAAAACAUCUUUUUGUCCCCAAUUAGUGCAAAUGCCGUCCUUUCUUUGAAUUACCAGGGUGCCAGAGGUGCUUCCAGUGCCGAAUUCGCUCAGGUUCUGAAUAUUAAGGUUCAAGCUAACGCUGCCAACGGACAAAGCGAUCAACAGCAAAACGCCAAAAUUGGAGAAAUUAAGAACAAAGACACCGCCGAUAAAGCUCUUGCCGUUGUAGGUCAAGAUUGCUGUGUAGGAUACGACGGUAGACUAUAUACGGUAGAGAAUUCACCGUGCACCACCGCUGACGAAAACGGCUGUCAACCCACGGGCGAGUAUAUUCCACCAGCGGCGGACAUUAGCAGGAAAAUAGGAUAUCCACCUGACACCCUCGCUUCCCUUAAUUGAGGCGGAAUUGGACGUUAAUCAUACGAAUUUGUUGUAAAUAGAUAAUUUAACGUUAA